GGUUGAAACAUGUGGAGGUCGCGACAUAAAUCAAAUGGAAGAAGAGUAUGUGCGAGCACGACGGAAGCCUGUGCGAGAUAUCAACGACUGGGGAGCCGUGGAUAUUGAAGCGUUAACCAUGUCCCUUCGUUCACGACUAGCCACCGAGUUAUCAUAUGGGCUGACGACUUUCUCGCUGCUGUCAACGAUGAGAGGUCCGACUCAAGGUUCUGGUUUUCCGAUAUUUCAGUGUUUAGACCUACUGGAAGAGGUACUGGAUCUUAUGGAAGAGCAGGCCUUUGAAGGCACUCCGGAUGUGGCCGAGUAUGCUUUGACGGAGGAGACAUGCAUACCACGGCAUCGAGAGCUCCUCGAUACAGCCUACGAUGAAGAGUCGCAACAUUUUGCAGGACUCCAACCACGACAAGGAUCUGGAGAUUCAAGCUAUGGGCCGCGGCAACGGCCGGGCACCAUAAUUCUGGCAGUCAUGAAUAUUCUACGCAACCUUUCCAUCAUAGCUGAUAACAUGACGUUCUUGGCACACCAUGAGCGCGUACUUGAUUUGGCUCUGCGUGUCUGUGGCGUUACCGUUCAAGAUGGCAGUCCUCCUCGUGCAAACUCCCCUGCUCUCUCGCUCAUUGACGUAGCCACUGUGCGGAAGGAUACCUUGUACAUUCUGACAAGUAUAGCUGGGAUGAUUCAAUAUCCCCCUUCUCGUUCGCCAUCUAGUACCACCACGCGAAUAGCAAGCCGGACAUUCGAGCUUAUAGCAUCUUUCCUUAUUGACCCCGUGGACGCGGUUUCUCCAGUUACAUACCUUAGACAAACUGGCGGACCGCCAACGUCUAGUAAACCGCCACCACUCUCCGAUAUUGCUCUGGAAGUUUUCACGCGUCUUGGCCAUCCUGAUCAUAAUCGUAUGGUUUUUUCGAAAGUCAUUCCACAAACGUGGCAAUGGCGCUUGUUCGAGGCGCUGAUCCACAGACUACCAAUAUCAGACGCUGACUACGGGCUGUUGGCCCGUGAGGCCUGGUUGAGUUAUUUGGAGAAACUCACCAUGGCGAUAUAUGCGCUCGCCUUCCUGGCGCCCCCUGAUUUGAAACAAAAAAUAAAAAUGGACCGCAGUCUGAGCUUUUCUCAGGUGAUGUUGAGGAUGGUGCAGAGGUUACUGGUGGGUCCCAACCCAGAAACGCGUGCAUGGUAUAUGAUAGCCGCGCGGAGAUCUGUGGAAGCUAUGAAAGUUGUGGAUGGAUGUGAAGAUUCGUUUGAUACUUCUCAGUCUACCGUGCCAACGCUAGCUUUUGGUGUUGGGUAUGGUGAGGCUGGAGAUAAUGGAGUUGAAAAAGGCACGGGGAUGCUUGGUGGUCGGUGUGAGGUUGCAUGGGAUCUGCUUAUGCUGCGAGAUAUGGAACCACCUAUGUUCGCCGAGUUGGAGAGUCUUAUGAGGGUGGAGUAAUUGGAUAUGGAUUCUUUGGAUGGGUAUUUCGCUGUUAUAUAUGGAUCUCGAUGGGACUUGUUGUGCCGUAGAGGUCAUCGAAUGUAAAUUAUGUGUUGCCUUGCUUUGUGGUUAUCCUGGAAAUUAUUGUUUGUAUUGACCACAGUAAAAUU